UUCAAUCAUUAUAAUUACAUAAAUACAUCAUCAAGUUCACUUUUUCUCUCUUAUGAUCACAGCAUCCAAAACCAUUUCUCUCACCCUUUCUUUCUUCAACGAUCAACGUUAUCCAUUUGCCUCCUAUUACUAUUCUGUUUCGCCGGAUUUUCAGGAACAACAUAAGCUAAAACAAAAAACAAGACACGAUCAUGAGAGGAACAAGAGGAGGACACCAAGACCAACAAUCUCGCGCCUUGUACGACCUCUCCACUCUCGUUCUCAAUCUCAUCCGAUCGCCUCCCACGCCGUUGCCCUUCUCCCACAUCGUCCCGCCGGGGGCGUCUCGGCGAACGCCGCCGGCCCAGAUAUCGCCGGCCGGGUUCGCGUCGCUGCUGCUGGGAAUUUCGCUGGCUCUGAUGCUGUGUGGAUCGGUGACGUUCUUCAUCGGGUUCGUGCUGAUGCCGUGGGUUCUGGGAUUGGUGAUGCUCUUCUACGUCGCCGGAAUCCUCUCCAGCCUAUCCGUCUUCGGCCGCUCCAUUCUCUGCUACGCCACCGCGCCACCCUCGCCGCGUAAGGACAUUCCCGCGUGGUAGCUUAAUGAAGUGAGAAACGAGGAGAAGGAUGGAGGGUUUUGUGCUACCUCAGCAAGACAUUAUUAAAGAUUACGAAGCUUCUCCUUUUAGCAGAUGCAGGAAUCAUGAUAUUUGGUGGAUGUGGCUUAUCUCUGUGCAUAAGAAAUAGCUUUGUAAAUUCUGAAAAAUUAAGGAAACACUGUUACCUUGUUUUACUUUGGCACGUGUCUUGCUAAUUUCUCAAGCAUAGGCUGUUGAAUUUCCCUUUGUUCAGAUGUAGAACAGAAAGAGAAGGAAAACAUGAUUUGACUCCUGAGAAACAGAGUUUGCAUUGGAUCAAGAAAUCUUUUUUUGGAA